AUGAAUUUAGGUUAUGUUCCAAAAAAAAAUGAAAGAAGAUUGUCAGUUUUUAAUAGAGUUAUUGAAGUAGAAACAAAUCAACGUGCACAUUGUUAUUUAUAUGAAAAAGCAUUGUCAAUGUGUCCAUUAUAUCAUAAACUUCAAGGUAAGUCUCUUCUUGAAGUUGGUUGUGGACAUGGAGCUGGAUUACGUUGGAUUAAACGUUCUCAUCCAGAGAUUGGAGAUAUGUAUGGUAUUGAUAUUGUUGUUGUAGAAGACUUAAAAUAUAAAAUUGGUAAAAUUAUUCAGGGAAAUGCUGAAAAAAUUCCUUUUAUUGAUGAACAAUUUGAUAUUCUUAUUAAUAUUGAAUCAAGUCAUUUGUAUAAUAAUUUUCCAGCAUUUGCCAAAGAAGCUUAUCGAGUUUUAAAAAAAAAUUGUUAUCUUGUAUGGGCUGAUUUACGUUUUGCUAAUGAAAUUAAAGAAAAAUGUUUUAAUAUUUUUGAAGAUGUUGGUUUUAAAUUAAUUGAAGUUGAAGAUAUUACAAAACAAGUACUAAAUGGAAUGGAAGUUACAAGUAAAAGAUACGAUGAAUUACUACAACAAUCACCUUGGUUUAUUCAAUUGUUUUAUAAUUCAAUAAGAGAAACAUAUUGUGCUCCAGGAACAGAAAGUUAUAAUAGAUUUAAAAGAAAAGAAAAAAUUUAUAUGAUAGCAAUUUGGGAAAAAAAUUAA